GUGGCAGUAAUAACUCGAGCGUCCUGUGUCCCCCUUCAGUAAACAUCGAAGAAGGCGAGCUUGUUGCCGUCACUCACGUCAACUUGAACUAGUUUGUCAGCGGAAAAGUAGCUCAUUAAGAGAGAAGAGGUGGCCUCUGGUUGCUUAAGGCUGAGCUAUGCAGCGAGGGGAGUAUGUUCCACAGGCAUUCGAGGCCCCCGUGGAUGUCCACGCCAGCGCGGAUGGUCAGGUGUACAUGUUCAACAGGAAGGCCCAUGAGACGGCUAUGUCGUCGGAUGAGGAAGAGCUCGGUUUAAUGGAGUUGAGACCUCAGGUGUGCCAUGCACAGGAACAGGACAGGCUGAGGAAUGUCCACUUGCUGGAACUUGAAGUGUCGGAUGGUGACAAUCUCAACAAGUUGGCGUUGCAAUAUGGCUGCAAGGUGGCAGAUAUCAAAAGAGUGAACAACCUCAUACAGGAGCAGGAUUUAUUUGCACUGAAAUCUAUAAAAAUCCCCAUUCCCAGGCACAGCUUUCUGACAGAGACGUACACCAACUUAAGUAACUCUCAAGAGGAAACUCCACGUUCAUCUUGCAGGCCUCAGGAGAGGGCCGGAGCCCUGCCACACAGACACGAGGUCACAAACUUCCUCAUCGAGGUGGACAAUGACAUUGAGAAGCUGAUUCAAACGACAGAUGAUCAAGACGUGGAUAUGUUGGAUGACAAACCCAAUAGGUCGGGUCUGAGAGCACAGAAGCUAAAGGGUCACGGUUCGGACUGGGGGAUCCAGUGGUGGAACGCUGUAAUCGCCAUGCUACUCAUUGGCAUCAUCUUACCAUUGUUUUAUAUCAUUUACUUUAAAACUAAACCCAGCGGGGGAAACUCUCCACUAGAUGGCAGCAUUUUGUCAUCAAUCAUGUCUAACAGCUCAGGGACUGCUUUUGGUACUAGUGGACCUGGGCAAACUCAAGAACCAGGAUAAAAUGUGCCGAUUACAUAAAGCCAAAUGUCUUAUGUCAUCAAGUGCAAUACCUUUUUGAAUCUUGUCGGAGUGAAUCAGAGUGCACUGCAUUCAUGCCAACUGCAUUUGCUUUUCAAGUCAUUGUUACUGGUCCUCAUGUGGUUUGAAGUUUGAAAGUGUUUGCAUGUGUCUAUGAUAUUAUUUGACACAAGGAUAGAUUAUUCGCUAAUUGGAAAUAUCUACAAUAGAAAAAAACAGUUUAAUUUUUUACAGUAAUAUAUGUGAAAGUAAGGCAGAAGUUUAUUCAGUUUUGGUCUGUAUGCUUUUGGAAUUUUCAUAUCUGUCCUCAUGUCUGGUGAACCUGAUUUUACUGGCUAAAGUGUAUACGGUAUAUGGUAGAUCCCUGCUUUUUGUAUGGGGACCAUUAGUGAAUGGUGGAAAAUUGUGAGUAAUUGUAAACGGCCAUCCAUAAACAUAUCUAUUUUUGACAUGUGGCUCUUCAUCUAAACCCUCCUGCUAACUUGACAUACUGAUUUCACAUCUACAAUCUACAUUUGGAGUAAAAAGUGACUUUGGUAAUUAUUAGACAGAAUUAGAUUGAGCUUCAGAAACCUCCUGUGUUACACACUUAAUGGAUAAAACAUACAGGUAUGCCACACCAAUACAUGGUAAUGCCAAUUGAUAGACAGAUGGAGUGGGAGUCACUGUGCAAAAAUUAUAACUAACUUUUGCAUCUCAAAGCAGCUGUGGUGUGUUCAAGGGCUGCUGAAAAAAAAUGCCAAAUCAAUACUUGAUGAAAAAAGUGAAGCAUAACUUGUUUUAUUUAACAUGUAGGUAGUACAUUUGACCUGUAUUAAGUAUUAGUAAAUUAUUAUGAUUUAAGGUGGUUAAGAUGUUUUGUGUAGAAAAAAAGAUUGUCUAUUUUUGGCACGCAAAUAACGACGAAGCAACAUUUUGCUUUUUUUUUAGCAAAACAAUUUGUGUGGCAGAGAAAGCUGAAUCAUGAAUGUGCAGGGAUCCACUGUACUGUGUUUACAAUUACUGCUACUUUGACAAUACCUUGUAACAUACAAGGUACUUAGAUGCCUAUACAUGUGACAUAAAAAAGAUGCCUUGAACCUUCAUUCAUUCAUUCAUUU